UUAGACAAAACAAUGUUGCUGAUGGAGCGCAUACCAGACCAAGUAGGAUAUUUAGUCCUCACUCAAGACGGAGCAGUACUUGCGACCCCAAAGCAGUAUCAUCAACUGACACGUUCAAUAAAAUAUCAAUAACAUAUCCUAACCACUGCUACAUAAUUUGUUUGUCAAAUAAAAAAAUUCACGUGAUUAAAAAAAAAUUGCGCUUAUCAGAAAGUCAAUCAGCGACAAUUGAAACUCAAAAUCUCAUCGAUAUGU